CGCCUGAGCGAAAGAAUUCCCCCCUCUUUGGGGCGGGAGUCUAUCCAGAUCGCGGAUCGCGCCGCGCCAGCCGGCUAGUUUGCCGGCACCUGCGUCCCAGCCGUGCCUGCGACCAUGGCCACCGACUCGUGGGCCCUGGCGGUGGACGAGCAGGAAGCGGCAGCCGAGUCGUUCAGCAACUUGCAUCUUAAGGAAGAGAAAAUCAAACCAGAUGCCAAUGGUGCUGUGGUCAAGACCAAUGCUAAUGCAGAGAAGUCAGAUGAAGAAGAGAAAGAGGACAGAGCCGCCCAGUCCUUACUCAACAAGCUGAUCAGAAGCAACCUUGUUGAUAACACCAACCAAGUGGAAGUCCUGCAGCGGGAUCCAAACUCCCCGCUCUACUCAGUGAAGUCCUUCGAGGAGCUUCGGCUGAAACCACAGCUUCUCCAGGGAGUCUACGCCAUGGGCUUCAACCGUCCAUCGAAGAUACAGGAGAAUGCAUUGCCUUUAAUGCUUGCUGAGCCCCCACAGAACUUAAUAGCCCAGUCUCAGUCUGGUACUGGUAAAACAGCUGCCUUUGUGUUGGCCAUGCUCAGCCAAGUAGAACCUGCAAACAGAUACCCCCAGUGUCUGUGCCUCUCCCCAACUUACGAGCUCGCUCUUCAAACGGGAAAAGUGAUUGAGCAGAUGGGCAAAUUUUACCCUGAACUGAAGCUAGCGUAUGCUGUUCGUGGCAAUAAAUUGGAAAGAGGUCAGAAGAUCAGUGAGCACAUUGUCAUUGGCACCCCUGGGACCGUUCUGGACUGGUGCUCCAAGCUCAAGUUCAUUGACCCCAAGAAGAUCAAGGUGUUUGUUCUGGAUGAGGCUGACGUGAUGAUAGCUACUCAGGGCCACCAAGAUCAGAGCAUCCGCAUCCAGAGGAUGCUUCCCAGGAACUGCCAGAUGCUGCUUUUCUCUGCCACCUUCGAAGACUCUGUCUGGAAAUUUGCCCAGAAAGUGGUCCCAGACCCAAACAUCAUCAAACUGAAGCGCGAGGAGGAGACACUGGACACCAUCAAGCAGUAUUACGUCCUGUGCAAUAGCAGAGAUGAGAAGUUCCAGGCCUUGUGUAAUAUCUACGGGGCCAUCACCAUUGCUCAAGCCAUGAUCUUCUGUCAUACCCGCAAAACAGCUAGUUGGCUGGCAGCAGAGCUCUCAAAAGAAGGCCACCAGGUGGCUCUGCUGAGUGGUGAAAUGGUGGUGGAGCAGAGGGCUGCAGUGAUUGAGCGCUUCCGAGAGGGCAAAGAGAAGGUUCUGGUCACCACCAACGUGUGUGCCCGCGGUAUCGAUGUGGAACAGGUGUCUGUCGUCAUCAACUUUGACCUUCCCGUGGACAAGGAUGGGAACCCGGACAACGAGACCUACCUGCACCGGAUCGGGCGCACCGGCCGCUUUGGCAAGAGGGGCCUGGCCGUGAACAUGGUGGACAGCAAGCACAGCAUGAACAUCCUGAACAGAAUCCAGGAGCAUUUCAAUAAGAAAAUAGAAAGACUGGACACAGAUGACUUGGACGAGAUUGAGAAAAUAGCCAACUGAGAAGCUCCUGCAGUCACUGGUGCCACCCUUGGUGCUCCCCCUGCACGGGACACUAGUGCUUUCACGGCACAGGCCUCAACAGUCAACACAAAGAUGAAGGCACGAGUAGAGAGAAACUACCUACCUCAUUUUAAAUUACGUUUGGACUUGACAAAAAUUGUACAAGUGAUGGGGGAAGGUAGAAAAAAAUUGUUUACACAACUUUUGAAGAUUACGCAUGAAUACAUAGAAAUUUACCUUUUGGAAAUUCUGUCUUUCUUUUGGCCAGCGUUUUCCCACAUCAUUACGCUAACCUAGAUGUUGUGGCUGAUCGCUUGCUCAGGAGCCUUUGUGGCAGCCCCGGCCUGUUCUCUGCUUAGAAUUGUUCAGGCCAGCCUCCAGCCCUUGUGAAAGUGAUAGAGUAGAGGUGAAGAGGGAACACAGAGAGAGAGAGACCGAGUAGCUUAGGUGUGUAAGCCAGUCAUCGUGUUUGGAGUGUGGCAUGAAACAGCAGAGGAGACCUGCGAGCUGCUGCUUUGGAUUUGGGUUGGGACAGCUCGUCUGAGUGUUGUCGGUCCUCGCUGUCCUGAUGGCCAGAGCAGGAAGAUCUGCUAAGCAUGGACCACAAUGCCAACCUGGGAUCUCUGGUGUAUGCAAGUCUGUGUUGCAGACCAUGACUUGUUCUUCUCAGUGGGUGCAAUCUGUGCAGAAUGCACAUCUGAUAACUGUGCUUGUGCUUGAGCAAGUCCUGUGGAGAAGUCAUCGUGGAGAAUUAGUGGUGGUCCUGGCUUGCCACAAAACCUGACCUUGUGGGCACUUGCAGCAUCUUUUUUUUUUUUUUUUUUUUUUUUUUUUUGCGGUAUGCGGGCCUCUCACUGUUGUGGCUUCUCCCGUUGCGGAGAACAGGCUCUGGACACCAGGCUCUCAGCCGCUAUGGCUCACGGGCCCAGCCGCUCCGCGGCAUGUGGGAUCUUCCCAGACCGGGGCACGAACCCGUGUCCCCUGCAUCGGCAGGCGGACUCUCAACCACUGCGCCACCAGGGAAGCCCUGCAGCAUCUUUUUUACAUCCCUAACAUCACCUUGACCGUUUAGUAGCCGUUAGCAAAUAAAAGGUGCUCUGAGGUUUGGAUCCUCAGUGAAAAUUGUGGUUUCAAGUUGCUAAUGGCCAGUCUCAGGGCUCCAGAAGCGAUCAGCAGUAGUCAGAAAUCCUUGCUUUGCCUCCAGAUCACAGAAGGCAAGUUUUUUAUCGGAGCUGGGGAAUGAUUUCAGAAUUUAGGCAUCUUGAUUAUAAAGGGAUUCUGAAUAUCUGCGUUCACAGUGCUUGGAAUACAAACAGGUGCAACUAAGGGACAAGGUGGACUACAGCCAUUCAUCUGUCCAAGGCAAGAGUAACUGCCAAGGCCUUUGCUCCACCCUUACUUGGCAUCUUUGUGCAGAGCAGUCAGAGCAAAUAAUAGUAAUGGACACUUCCUCAUGCCUGGCCAAAGCUGUUGGUACCCACAGAGUGACAGAGCAAAGAUGAGAUGAAACUGAGUUACAAGAGCAAUAUGAAACCCCAGCUGAGAGUCCUCUUCAGCUCUUUGACUUCGAUACGGAAGGGCCACUUUAUCUAGGACCAGGCCUGAAAGAGGGAUUUUCUGUGAUGAGAACUAUUCCAAUCCCAGACCUUCCUUGUAGGCAUUUCUGUGUUUUAGGGCCAGAUUUGUCUCCUGGGAAGGGAAGGGGCCAAGUCAGCCUCCCAGGUGGUUUCCCUAAUCUGACAUUACAGAUGCUACAGAGAGAACCGCAGACUGUCAGUCCUGCCACAUUCCCCUGGGGGCACUUGACUGUGUUGAGUCUUGUUUGUACUUUUGGCCAACUCUGACCCACCUAGGGAGUCUUGUAAGAAGGGAAGAAAUUUUAUGCCCCCUCCAACCCCCGCAAAGUCCUGUGGACCAACCCUGGAAUAACUUAAAACAAAGGCAAUAAUUAAAGGAGUGUGGACUCCUGAGGCUGCAGGCUGAGUACAUCCCACCUUCUCACAACAUGUAUAACCUAUCUACUGAGUAGCCCUAAAUCUGAGCAGGAAAAUGGGAAGCGAUGUGCUUCAGACUCUUCAAUAGUAGGAAUAAAUGGGUAUCUGGUAGAAAUCUAGAUUAACAGUUCCUUAUCUGGGGCUAGACCCCUAAGAACUCACUGGAUGGGUUUUAUGGAGUUUAUGAAGUUUAUGCAGUGUUUUGAGUUUAAAUGUAUUUUCCUGGGGAGAAACUCCCAAACGAGUAUGUGUCUUUUUAAAAGGUAAGAAAGACUCACUGUAUGGAUGGCUCUGGAAAGUCCCCCCAGUGUCACUGCAGCCCAUGUUCGUUCCUGCCAGUGCUUAGCCUCUAGGGCGUAAUGGUCCAUAGCUGCUUCUGUGACCUUGUGCCAUUUUGAGACAUCAGUGAUGUAAAAAUGUAUGGAGCCCUUGAGCUUCAGUCCCCAGAGUUUCUUCUGCUGAUUUUAGUAAGUUCCUAUGUAUGGAAUGAUAAACUGUGCCCUACAAAAAGAAACUUGCUUGAGAAAAGGAGAUUUGGGCCCAGUGGAAAAUUCUGGAUAUGUUCAUUAUCCAUAAACAAUGGAUUUUAUUGUUUUUUUGGAGUGUUCAUUGGCUGUAUGCAUAAGAACUAAUCAGUCAUUAAUGUAUUCUUUAUUGAUGUUUAACUGAAUUAUGACAUGUUCAUGUUACUAAGACAUCAUUUCUGAGUAUAAGAAGAAAACAGCACGUUUUGGUUGCUGGUAUUAGUGAAGAUUUAUGUAUUAUUAUUCCAUAGACUAGUCAUCACCUGAUACUACUGUUCCAUUUCAGAGUUGACAUUGCUUCAACAUAAGCAGUUGGGAUGUCACCAUAGGCCAAGGGCCCUACUCAGUUGCCAGAGGGCUCCUUACCUUCCUGUUUUUCCUGCUGGUAAACCAGAGUAUGCUGGCUAACUAAUCAGAAAGAAGGUAGAUGUCUGCAUUACAAAGGCCUUACAUUCGAUUUUCUAGUCCUAGGAAAGGAAUACAAAUAGGGCUUGGAAACAGGUCUUCUCCCUUUUUUGUUCCCAUCUUGUUUAUUAUUUAACGUGAAGGCUGUUUCAUUCACAGUGUCUGGUAUUCAGAAGGUAAGGAUUUCUGAGGCUAGAGAAGAUUUCAUGAAGGGGUUGAGUUUGCUUAUGAGAGAAAAGUGGUGGGAUUCCAAGUGACAAGAAGAGUGGCCUAGGCAGAUGAGGCCCUGUUAAGACCAAAGCAACUUCACUAGGAUUAAUGCAGUACACUGGAAGGGUAGUGAAGGGAGCAGCCUUGCCACAUGGGCAGAGAAAAGUCUUGUUAGGUAGAAAAUGAGAUUUGAUUAUUUGAACAGUAUUUGGAUUUAGUAGUGAAUUGUCAUAGAUUCUUGGAUCACAGGAAGUGAUGAAAUGGGGUUUUGGGAAAAAUGGUCUAGCAGAGAUAUACAGGAUAUACUGGAGCUGGAAAAGGCUGGCAUCUGAGAAACCAGUUAGAUUAUUACAUUGGUCCCAUCACACAGUAAGUGCCAGGAUGUCACUGGUCGUAUUGAGAACACAAAAGAAGAAAUGGGGAAUUCCCUGGCAGUCCAGUGGUUAAGACUUGACGCUCCUGCUGCAGCGGGCGUGGGUUCAAUCCCUGGUCAGGGAACUAAGAUCCCACAUGCCAGGCGGCAUGGCCAAAAAAAGAAAAAAAUAAGAAGAAAUGGACUGGAGGGGUGCUGCAGAGGAGGAAUGGUAGACUUUUAUACCUGCUUACUGUUGUUAUUCCAAAAAGAAUCUGUGGCUCUUAAAAUUUAGACACACUAUACACAAAUAAUUCUGGGGAGAAAUCCAAAGGGAAGGUUUGGAAAGAACAAAUGACAUCAGGGUUGAGUCAUGAAUGAAUGACUCAUGAAUGAUGUCAGGCCUGUCACCUUUGCAAGAAGGGACUGGGCCUUCGUCACCAACACCCCUAAGCUAUUGUAAAUUUCAGAGGCCCUCUUCAGGUCUCUCUUGAUCCUGAACAUAGAAAACAGGUUCUUAGGAACCCCCUGCAGUUUUAUCUGACUUUGCUUUUCUGCUUGAGAAUAAAUGUUCUUUAUUCUGUUGUCUGACUCAGGUUGCAGCAUCUUCCAAAAAUGACACAGUGGAGGUGAGGGAACCUGUAGGGCUGAUGCUAGGAGGCUCCAGUACCCUGCUUUCCUAAUCCUGAGUCUGGAACAGGGCUUUCCCGGAAGAGCUUCAAACACCUAGUGGGAAGUUAAGAGGGCAGGUGGGGAUCUGCUUGGAGGAUAUUUGUCACACUCCUACCUUCUGUCCUCUCUUUCUCGAGCCCCUGUUGUUGGAUGCUUCUGCUUUGGCUUAGAAACUGUUCUGGCAUUAGUAUUCAGCAGAGCAAGGGGCUUCUCCUUAGUAGUCCUAAUUGUAAAAUGGGGAAUAGGAGUAGGCGGAGAAAAAAUAUUAGAUGAAGCCUGAGAGUGGUCGCUGUCUGGGAUGUCAGCUGCUCAGGUGAGACACUUAUAGUCUCUGCUUUCUCCAUACCUCAUAGGCAGAGGU